AUGGAGACCACUAAGCUCUUCAAGCCCCUGAAGCUGGGCCGCGUCCAGCUUCAACACCGUGUCGUCAUGGCCCCCCUGACCCGCUUGCGGUGUGACAGGGACCACGUGCCGCUGCCCAUCGCGAAGGAGUACUACACCCAGAGGGCUACGGAGGGCGGUCUCAUCAUAGCUGAAGCCACGAUGCCGUCGGCACGGCACUGCGCAGCCGACCAGAUGCCGGGAAUCUGGACGGCUGCCCAGAUCAAGGGUUGGAAAGAUAUCGUGGACGCCGUCCACGCCAAAGGGUGUCACAUAUUUCUGCAGAUAUGCGCGCCGGGCCGGGCAGCCGGGGAGCCGUAUCCCUGCGUCAGCUCCAGCGCCGUCCCCAUAGACAGCAGCAGCCGGACGCCGAAGGAGAUGUCGGAGGAGGAGAUCUGGGACUGCAUCGGCGAUCUCGUGUCCGCGAGCAAGAACGCCAUCAUAGCCGGGUUCGACGGAGUCGAGCUGCAUGGUGCAAACGGGUACCUUAUAGACCAGUUUAUUCAAGACACUUGCAACCAGCGAACGGAUAAAUGGGGCGGCUCCGUCCAGAACAGAGCCAGGUUCGCGGUCGAGGCCGUCAGAGCGGUCUCGGAUGCCAUCGGCAGCGACAGACUGGGCAUACGAUUUAGCCCUUGGAGCAGCUUCCAGGCGAUGCGGAUGGCCGAUCCCGUGCCGACUUUCACACAUCUGGUGCAGCAGUUGAAGCGGUUCCAGCUGGCCUACCUCCACAUCAUUGAGUCCAGGGUGAAUAACUGGCAGGACGUGGAGAAGACCGAAAGCGUCGACUUCAUGCUCGAGGCAUGGGGCAACCAGUCCCCCGUGCUCGUCGCUGGCGGGUUCAAGCUGGACUCUGCGAAGACGGCCGUGGACGAGGAAUAUGCGCGGUACGACACGGCUGUCGUCUUCGGCAGAUACUUCUUGAGCACGCCGGACCUGGUCUUCAGGUUGAAAAGGAGCCUUGAGCCGAAUGCGUACGAUCGGAGCACGUUCUAUACUCCGGCGCAACCCAAGGGCUAUAUCGAUUAUCCAUUCAGCAAAGAACAUCCCACUAAACGCCGACUAAUGCAAUAUUACACAUAA